AUGGAACCAAUAAAUUCACCAACUAUUAUUCAUAUUUCAUCACCAAAUCAAUUAAAUCAAUUUAUCACUUCAGUUGCAACCAACCAAAACAGUAGUCCAAAUGAGAAUAAUCCAAUCAUUUCAACAUUUAGAUAUAAAUCAAAUCAAAAGAAUACUUCCAAUUUAAAUGAUCAUAUUCAUCAACCAUCAUCAUCUUUACAACCAACAAUUAUCCCUACAACAGCUCAACCAACCAAUUCCAAACAAGCUAAAUAUGUUGAACCAACUCUUGAAACAUUAUUUCCAUGUCAAUCUUUAAAGUUUCAUCAAUUCAUUCAAAAUGAUCUUCAACAACAACAAAUGCAAUUACAAGAACAACAACAAAAACAACAACAGCAACAACAACAACAACCAUUAAAUUUUAAUAAUGUUAAACAAUUUAAAACAGUACCAAGAAAGAAUAGUUUAACCAAAAAAGUUCAACAUCCACCAAAAAGAAAUUCUUUUAAUUCUGUAUUUAACCAAUUGAAUAGUUUAUCAAAAUCUUCACCAAAUCUAUCAAUAGGAAAUCAUAGAGGAAAUGUACAAUCUUCUUCUUCAUCUUUGCCUUCUUCCUCUUCUUCAAUUCCAAUGGUUGCAAAUAACAUGUCAUAUUCACAUCCAACAACCAAUUCAUCAUCAUUUUUAAAUGGUUUUUCAACAUCCCCCUCAAUCAACUAUAAUAGUCCAGGUACAUAUGGACCUUCUCCAAUGAAUGAUCCAAUCAAUCAAUUAUUGUUUGAUAAUAAUAAUAAUAAUAAUAAUUCUUCCUCUUUUGAAAUGAAUAAUAAUAUUAAUGGACAAGGUCAAAAUCCAUUAUUCAUGUCAUUUCAUGUACCCCAAUAUCAAUUCCAUUAUCAACAACAACAACAAUUUAAUUAA